AUAAUAGUUGCAACUCCUGGCAGGUUGCUGGACCACAUUGAGAAUAAGUCAGGCUUGUCGGUGCGAUUGAUGGGACUGAAAAUGCUGAUACUUGAUGAAGCUGGGCACUUGUUAGACCUAGGAUUUCGGAAGGAUAUAGAGAAAAUUGUUGAUUGUUUGCCUCGUCAAAGGCAGUCCUUGCUCUUUACUGCAACAAUUCCAAAAGAGGUUCGCCGAAUAUCACAGCUUGUCUUGAAGAAGGACCAUGCCUUUGUUGACACAGUGGGUUUAGGUUGUGUUGAAACUCAUGAUAAGGUUAAGCAAUCAUCUCUUGUUGAACCACAUGAAUUGCAUUUUCAAAUAGUGCACCAGCUUCUGAUGGAGCAUAUCUCGCAAUCACCUGAUUAUAAGGUUAUUGUUUUCUGUACGACUGGAAUGGUAACAUCCCUCCUCUUUCAUGUUCUUCGUGAAAUGAAAAUGAAUGUUAAGGAGAUGCAUUCCAGGAAGCCUCAACUCUAUCGAACUCGUAUCUCUGAGGAAUUCAAGGUAUCAAAACGACUGAUUCUUGUUACCUCUGAUGUAUCCGCACGUGGAAUGAAUUAUCCUGAUGUUUCCUUAGUCAUUCAGGUGGGUAUUCCUUCUGACCGGGAUCAAUAUAUACAUCGUCUUGGAAGAACGGGACGAGAAGGCAAAGAAGGACAAGGCAUAUUGUUACUUGCACCAUGGGAGGAGUAUUUUCUGGAUGAAUUAAAAGAUUUGCCUGUUGAAAAAUUUCCUACGCUGCGAUUGGAUCCAGGCACUAAACUUAAG